AUGUCGGCCUGGUCAGGCGACGUCGUUCCCGGACCCCACGACGAACAUGAACAUGGGCACCAGCGCGACACACCCAAGGACCCGACAUCGCCAACCUCGCCUCUCGCGCACUGUCCACCUGACGCAUGGCGCGGCGAACACAGUCGCGCUCCCGAAUUCUACGGCUUUGUAGCAUGGGCAUCGACAUCCGUCUUCUUUGUCGUGUAUAUGCUAUGGGCCUUGCUUCCCGACAAAGUCAUCGUCGGGAUUGGAGUUGAAUGGUAUCCUAGUCGCGAGUGGGCCAUUUUCGUGCCAGCAUACACCGUUGUGCUCGUCCUGUUGACGUACUUUGUCUACUUUGCCCUUGCAUUGUACAACACACCCUCUUUCUCCGACAUCAAGUCUAUCACGGACUCGCGCGCUCAUCUGCCUCCGCCGCACGCCAGGAACCCGUACUUCAAGCACGCGGAUCCAAGGGCCAUCCCUGAACACUACGAUAUCCCCAUUGGGCUCGUCAAUCGUGUUGUCCAUGAAUGGGACCAAGAACGCCAAUCCGGUGGCUAA